AUGUACCGAGUCGGGCUUCUAGCUGCAUUGCUUUUGAGCGCCAACUGCCAAUAUGCGCAGUCCGGUGGAUUUGGCGGAGCGCCUCAAUAUGGCGGAGCACCCCAAGUAGCACCUCAAUCAUACGGCGGCGGCGGCGGCGGCGGUGGCUAUGCGACUGCCCCUCAAGCACCUCCACCUCCUCCACCACCUCCACCACCUCCUCCACCAAUGCCAAUGGCUCCUCAAGGAUACUCGGCCCCUCAGGCCCCACCUCCACCAAGCUACGCUCCACCAGCUCCUCAGGCGCCUCCACCGCCUCCACCACCACCGCCACCACCAAUGGCCCCUCCUCCUAGUUACGCUCCACCAGCUCCUCAGGCGCCUCCACCACCUCCACCACCUCCACCUCCUCCACCACCAAUGGCUCCUCAAGAAUACUCGGCCCCUCAGGCCCCACCUCCUCCUAGCUACGCUCCACCAGCUCCUCAAGCCCCUCCACCACCUCCUCCACCUCCACCACCUCCUCCUCCUCCACCACCACCACCACCACCACAGGCUCCUCCUCCAAGCUACGCUCCACCAGCUCCCCAGGCGCCUCCUCCACCUCCACCACCUCCUCCACCACCUCCACCAGCCUACUCUCCACCUGCUCCUCAGGCUCCUCCUCCACCCCCCACCACCACCACCAGCAGCGCCCGCUCCAGCCCCUGCCCAGAACUCUUAUGGAGA